GGGCUGAACUAAAAUUGGUUCAAGUCCAAACGAUAGAAGCUAGGGUUUUGGGGUUUUCUUCUUUUUAUCCUCUCUCUAUAAAUUGCGACCAAGAUCGUUUCAGCAGCCCUCACUCACGUUUGCUGCUCAACGCUUGAUUCCGCAGUUCAUAUAAUUAGAGACCGCCUUUAGCCCGAAGCCAAAAUGUCUGGAGAAGAGCCUGUUGUUGUGGAGACACCAGUGCCGGUGGCUGCUCCCACCCUUGGUGAGCCUAUGGAUAUCAUGACGGCUCUGCAGCUUGUGCUCAAGAAGUCAUUGGCACACGGAGGUCUUGUUCGAGGCCUUCAUGAGGGUGCAAAGGCAAUUGAGAAGCAUGCUGCCCUCCUUUGUGUGUUGGCAGAGGACUGCGACCAACCAGACUACGUUAAGUUGGUCAAAGCAUUGUGUGCCGACCACAAUGUCAACCUUAUCUCCGUUGCAAGUGCCAAGACCCUGGGUGAAUGGGCCUGGUUUGUGCAAGAUUGAUUCUGAAGGCAAGGCCAGGAAAGUUGUCGGGGCUGCUUGUGUUGUCGUGAAGGUAAUGGUUUUCUUGUCAAUAAUACAUGGAGAGCUUUGAUUAAUAGGUGGGUCUGACUUUGAGUUUGUUGUGAUAUAGGAUUUUGGUGAGGAAAGCGAAGGGCUCCAUAUCGUGCAGGAGUAUGUGAAGUCUCACUGAGAGGCUCUAAUUAUUGAAAAUGGGUUAAGGGGUUUAGAGAUAGAAGCUCUCAUUUAUUACGCUUUUAAUGGUUUCUUUGUUUUUGUUAUUUUCCACCGGAUUUCAGUUUGCAGCUGUGCAAUCUGAGAACAUCUUUGUUGAGGCUUGGUUUGCCUUUGAUGAUAUUAUUGUUAAGUUUUGCUCUCGA